AUGUCGACUCCGCACAUCCUUGGUGGGGAUCUCUCUGAACUGGUGCGAGAUUCGCGGCUGGAUGUCGUCUUUGAACGGGGCUGCACCAUACACCCCCGAGCUGCGGCAACUCGCCGAGAGAAUUAUAGCCAUGAGAAAUGGCUUCCACACCAAGAUCCGGUUGGGAAGGGGGGUAUGGGACUCGUUUACGUCGAGGAGAGGGAGAGAGUGGGAUCUCGCCCUGUCUCGUUGCGGGCAGUCAAGAAGAUUCAACUCUCAGGGCGCCCGGAGCAGAGGAAGAUGAUUAGACGAGAGUUGGAAGCCAUGUUUAAAUUCUCACAGCCUAGGUUCAAGGGUCUCUUCAUCCAGCCUUAUGGGUGGUUUCUCAGUGGGGACUAUGUCCACAUAGCCAUGGAAUAUUACGAGCUUGGGGACUUGCAAAAGUAUCUCGAUCAUCCGUUUAAAUGCCCAAAUGGCCGGCUCCCCGAGCAUGAGGCUGGCAGUAUCGCCUCGCAGAUUUUGGACGCACUUUAUGUGAUGCACCAGCACAACUUUUCCCACUGGGAUCUGAAACCUGCAAAUCUGCUGAUCAAACAACAACCUCCCAACCCUUGGCUCAUCAAGUUGGGCGAUUUUGGUAUCAGCAAACGGGGAGAGGCAAUCAGCAACUUCACAUCGCUAGCUGGGACGAUAGACUACAUGCCUCCAGAACACCAUGGAUAUGGGUCUCGGUCCGGUGGUGAUAAUUCCCGAGCCGUCGAUAUGUGGGCUUUUGGAUACACAAUCUUUCGAGUCUUGACUGGCCAAGGCAUGUUCCGCGAUGGACACGAGCGCCACUCCUUUUUCAGCAACACAUCGCCCUUCCCCGACCAUAUCCUGCGAAAUUUACAGAUAAGUGAAGAUGGGAUCAGUUUCCUUCGGAGGCUGGUCGUUGUUGAUCCUGGAGCAAGGAUCGACGCAGAAACGGCAUCACGAGACCCAUGGAUUGAGAGACAUGAUCAAGAGCAGCACCAGCAAGGGGCUUCUAUUGCUGAACCCAGCCAUACAAUCCAUGAUCAAUCUGGAAGAAAGCCACCUAAUUCGGCCGUCGAUGUUCAUUCUCACACCUCGUUGACAGAGACCACUCUAUAUCCCGGCUGUCCCUCGCCAUUCCCCAACAGGCUGAGCACUACUGAGAGCCAGCUUUAUACGGUAUCAAGUCAGUCCACUCGUGCCUCCGCGGCGUGGCCAACAGCUAGCUAUAUAGCUCCUAGCUAUCAUACAAUUUCUUAUAACACGGUAUCAAGCCAGUCUACCCGAGCCUCUGCGGCGUGGCCAACGGCUGCUUAUACAGCUCCGGGCCAUAGUCCAAGUCCUUUAGAUGGAGGUGAUAAUACGGUUUCAAACCAGACUACCCGAGCCCCGGCGGAGUGGACAAUUACCACUCAUAAAGCUCCUACCCAUAAUCCAAAUAGUUUGGAUGGGGGUAAUAACAUGGUAUCAAGCCAGUCUAUCCAGGCUUCCGCAGCGUCGCCAACGGUAACACGAACAACUCCCAGCGAUGGGUUAGAUUUCCUGGAUAAAGAAUACAAUAUAGCAAGAAAGGAUGACGCCGAGCUCUUUUUUGCCGCCGCCUCCAGCCAGCGCAGCUCGAACCGUCCACAUUCAGUGUCCAUAUCAGCUCCCACGACACAAACAUAUUCCCUAAGCCCUGAGCAUGACACUACGACUGCACGAAGGUCUGUCCAUGGUCCGUUGGUGAAUGCCCCUGAUAGCUCUCUACCAAAGAGCACGCCAUCACCAUCUACAAAGGGACCUCCAGCCUUCACACCUGCCCCCUUAGCUCUCUCGCAAGACCUCACAGCGCCCAGCGAUCAAUACCCCUUUUUCGCCAGAGUCUCAAUCUCAACCAGCACGACUAUCCAUCCAAAUCACAGCAAGAAGCACCUGCGAAUAUGCCUAAAGAUGCGUGUAAACGACCAAUCUGAUGUCCCCUAUGGGGAUCGCUAUCAAAAGGCUUUCGUGAUAGAGCAGCUUGAAAAGCUUCGCGUGCAAGACCACUUUGAUGAGAAGUGUAAAGAGAUUAUACAUGGCGAUUACGAACCCCCAACUAUACAUGAAAGACUUGAUAUUAUUGGAGAACUUGAGAGGACAUUAGGGAAGGAUCACAUAAUUGUCAUUGAUGCACGUUGCGUUAUCGCUAAAGAGCAAAUCGACGAAGAGAGAAAUUUCUUUGAAGCGGUAAGGACAUACCAACGUGCUCUUCUUGUGAAGAAGAAGAUAAUUGGAAGCGAUGAUCCGAGAACCCUACAUAGCAUGCACGACUUGGGAGAUGCGUUGUCGCGUUACUGCAAGUUUGAAGAAGCGGAGCCCAUCUGCCGCGAAGCUCUACGACAGAGAAGGAAAAUACUUGGCCCUUCAAAUAUCGACACCAUUGAGAGCUUAGGGGCAUUAGCUGCCUGUCUCCAGGGGCAGCAGAGCUUCAGCGAGGCCACUCCGAUGUUCCAGGAGGUUGUAGAAGUAAGGAAACAAUUCCUUGGGCCUACUGAUAAGAGAACUGUUGACGCCAUGGUCUCUCUGGGCAUUUGCCUGAACCGAGAAGGCAGAGUCCACGAUGCAGAACCCAUUCUCCGAGAGGCUGUUCAGAUUAUCAAGAGAGAGCCAGACAGCUACGAAAAGCGAGCGCCAGAUGCCGUCCACGUAUUGUGCCUCACUCUGUGUCACCAGAGCCGGAUUAAAGAAGCGGAAAGGCUUCUACGAGAAGAUUCGGAUCAGAGAAACCCUGAGUAUUUCCGCACUAUGGAGAAUUUCCAUUGGCUAUGCUUUGCCCUAAACGCCCUAGAACAUUACCAAGAGGCUCAGCCGAUGUGGAAACGCCUGGUCAAGAUGCUAGAAUGGAACCUCGGUAGGGAUAACAUAACGUCCAUGAGGACUAAACAGGCAUAUGUCCAGCAUCUCAUCAAGUUGGGUGAUACGAAGAAAGCCAUGAAGAAAUCAAGAGAAGUUUUCGAACGCAGGACGGAAGUCCUCGGCACCACUCAUCCCGACACUCUUCACACCAUGCAAUGGCUCGGCCACCUUCUCCUUACUGAGGAGGGGCCAACCGAGGAAGGACUCAAAGUUUGCCAUAAUGUCUAUCGCUUUACUGAAGAGGCUUGGGGCGCUUACCAUCCAAAUACUCUCACCACUUCGUUCUGGCUUGGUGAUGUAAUCAUCAGAGCCGGUAACAUCAAAGAUGGUCGCGAGAUACUAGAAGCUCUUCUCCAUAAGCAAGAGCUCACCUUUGGCAAAGCUCACAGGGACGCAAUAGUGACGAGGGGCAGAAUCGCCGCUUCUUUUCUUGAUGAGGGUGACAAUGCCAACGCAGAGCAGUCGUUCAGACAGAUUGUCCAGUUGAAGGAAAUUGAAUUAGGAGUGGAUGACCAGGCCACAAUCGACGCUGUCUACAACCUUGCGGACUUCCUUGAUCAGAGCGGCAAGUUCUAUGAAGCAGAGGUUCUCUUCAGGAGAGUUCGAGCGCAUAGGGAGAGGAACUUGGGGCAGCACCACCCCGGAACUCUUGUAGCUGUGACUGCACUCGGGCGGGCGCUGUAUUCGACAAAGCAGUAUGCUGAGGCAGAGCAGGUCUUCCGCACCGCUCUUCAUACCUAUGAAGGAAAAUCUAACGAGGAGGUCAUGCAAGCAGAUUUGCAAGAGUGUCUAGCGGUGACAUUAACAUGCCUGAUGCGACAUUCCGAGGCCGAAAAGCAUUACUAUUGGGCGUGGCUACUACGAAAGAAUGCCGUAGGCGAGAACGAUGAGAUCACGCUCGAGUAUAUGGUCAAAUAUGCACUCUAUCAAAAGGACUUCCAGCAAAAGGCGGACGAAGCAGAGACUCUAAUACAAGAUGCCGUCCGAUUGUAUAAGGAGGUGCUCGGCACCGAACACCCGAAGACUCGGGAGACCAUUGAUACAUAUGCCCAGAUCCUUCUCGAAAAUCAUAACUAUACAAAAGCGAUUGAAGUUAUCAAAGAGAUUAAAAGUCAUGAGGAUCCAUAUUCUCCCGAGUUUUUCGCAACCAUGCUGAAUCUGGGCCACUUGUACAGUCUCAAUAACCAACUCAGUUUGGCAUUUGAAACCUACACGGAGCUUCUUGGUUUGCAGAAGGCGAGGCUAGGCGAUCAUGAUGCGGCAACGCUGGAGACCUUGCACAGGCUUGCGGAGGUCAGAAUGGACCAGGGCGCGUACAUUGAAGCCAUGGGCCUCGCAAGCAAAGUUGCGAAACUGCGGUCACAAUAUCUUACCGACGGCUCCUGGAAGGAGAGCCUGAGGUUGGAAGAGGAAUGCAAGGAGCGGCUACUACGUUGA